AUGAUCCCAAGCGGUCAUCCAGAUGCCCCCAAACUGUCCCCUUUGAAGCAACUGCACUGGUCCAAAGUACCAGCAGCCAACACUCGCAAAACUGUAUGGGAUGUCUCAGAGGAGUCGAUCAAGUUGGAUUUCAACAAACAGAUACUUGACAGAUUGUUUUGUUCAAAGACAAACAUGUCGAGGACCGGCACUCAUUCAACUUUGAGGAACCAAGAUAAGAUUACCAUUGUAGAUAUGAGAAGAUCCAACAACAUUGGAGUUCUACUAUCAAAAUACAAGCUAACUGGUCCAUGGGUAGUUGACAUUAUAAACUCAAUGAGCGAUGAACAUCUGAACAAAGAGCUGGUGACUGCCUUGAUCAAAUGUGCUCCAACCUCGGAUGAAGAGCAACUUCUACAAUCUUAUACUGGUAGCAAGAAUAUACUAUCACCCGUAGAUCAGUUCUUGGUAGAGAUGCUAAAGGUACCAAAGAUAAGGGAGAGAUUGAAUUGUAUUCAAUAUAAACAAUCAUUUGAUAGCUUAUUUGAGGAGAUCAUAAAUGGUUCAAGAUUAGUUGAGAGAUGUUGCCAGUGGUUGUUAAAGGCUGCCAACCUAAAGCAGCUUCUACAUCUGAUCCUGAACAUUGGCAAUUAUAUGAACUCUGGAACAGCGCGUGGAAAUGCUACAGGAUAUAGACUAAAUUGUCUCUUAACAUUGUCCAACACCAAGUCAUUAGACCAAUCCAUCACUCUUUUAAACUAUGUUGCCAAGAUUGUUAGUGAUAGAUAUCCACACUUAUUGAUAACUUCAGAUCCGCUAUUGGAGGCAGCCAGCCGAAUCCACUGGAAGGAGUUGAGCAACCAUCUUGUAUCACUACAACAAGGCAUGAUGACCGUUCAGAAGGAGGUGGAGAGGCAACAGUCAACCGUCGGAAUGGAUACCUUCACCACCAAGAUGAACCAGUUUAUAAAGUCAAGACUGGACCACUUGAGGGAUGCUGCCAAUAUCAUCCGAGGUGUUGAGCAGCUAUAUGACACCGUGAUGAAGUACUACGUUGAGGAUUAUUCCUCUCCAGAAGAGUUCUUCUCAUUGCUCCAUAACUUUAUGACAAUGUUCAAGCAGGCCCAUCUGGACAACCUUCGUGACAUGGAGAAUGACAAGGCCAUAAGGCCAAAGAUUGUUCACAAAGCUGAGCGUAUCAUGUGCCAGAGGUCUCUGUCAACGACAUCUUUGCCACGCGUGAGUCUCAAUUUGGCUCCCCAACAGGAAGAGAACCAGGACACAGUCAGAAGUAGCGCUGCUGCUGCUGCUGCUGCUGUUGGUAGUAACAGUGGUAGUUCAAUCCAAACCAAGUCAAAGGGCUUAAUCAAGAACUUCAAGAACAUAUUCCUCAGGAAACGUUGA